UGAAACUGAAGAUAUGUUGACUCAGCCACUCAAGUCUCUCUCUUUAAAUUCCCUCCUCAUUUCUUCAACCUUGGCUUCUCUACGCACUUUGUUCUCUUCUUCUUCUUCUUCUUCUUUCUUGAUCACACAGAAAACCAAACAAACCAUGAAAUUCCCAUCUUUUUCUUUGAACUUCUCGCAACAUAACAACAUUCUUUUCAUACGAACAAUCCUGAUUUUGUUAUUCAGUUGUGCAACCAUUAGAGUUGAUUUCUGUUUCUCAAGUUUCCAAUCCUCAUUGCAAGAGUUGCCUCUUGAAGGGAAUUUCAGCUUCAGUGAGAAUGAAUUCGCUGCAAAAGACUUCGGGAAUCGAUACCAUUUCCUUCCCCUGGCAGUUCUGCAUCCGAAAUCAGUUUCUGAUAUUUCCACAACCAUCAAACAUAUUUGGGAUAUGGGGCCUUUUUCAAAGCUCACAGUUGCAGCCAGGGGCCAUGGUCAUUCCACCAGGGGUCAAUCACAAGCUGAUCAGGGAAUUGUGAUCAAUAUGAGGUCUCUCAGGGAACCCGAAAUGCGAUUUAGCACCGGAAGAUUCCCUUUUGUUGACGUCUCUGCCGGCGAAUUGUGGAUUAAUAUCUUGCAUGAAAGCUUAAAGUAUGGAUUAGCCCCAAAGUCCUGGACAGAUUACCUUCAUCUUACAGUAGGAGGUACUCUGUCCAACGGCGGGAUAAGCGGCCAAGCAUUUCGCCAUGGCCCCCAGAUCAGUAAUGUCUACCAGCUUGAGGUUGUUACAGGAAAGGGAGAAGUAAUCAACUGCUCAGAAAAACAGAAUGCUGACCUGUUUCAUGGUGUUCUUGGAGGACUCGGACAAUUUGGCAUAAUAACUAAAGCUAGAAUAUCACUGGAACCAGCACCAAAGAUGGUGAAAUGGAUCCGGGUGCUGUAUUCGGAUUUCUCUGCAUUUACCCGAGACCAGGAAUAUUUGAUAUCAGCUGAGAACACAUUUGAUUACAUUGAAGGCUUUGUGUAUAUUAACCGGACUGAUGUUCUUAAUAACUGGAGAUUAUCCUUCACUCCAGAUGAUCCAAUUGAAGCCAGCAAAUUCAUAUCAGAUGGAAGAAUACUGUACUGCCUUGAGUUGGCCAAAAAUUUCAAUCCUGACAACAAGGCGGAUACUAUAAACCAGGUAAAGAUAUAUCUCUUUCAUUACUUAAUUGAUCAUCCCUUGUUGACAAAAUCUGAUAAUUUUGCUUAUUCAAAAUGCAGGACAUUGAAGGCUUACUAUCACCAUUGAGUUACAUCAGGUCGACGCUUUUCAUGUCAGAAAUCUCUUACGUCGAAUUCCUGGAUCGAGUUCAUACAUCCGAAUUAAAACUUAGAUCAAAAGGGUUAUGGGAUAUUCCACACCCCUGGCUAAAUCUUCUGAUUCCAAGGAGCAAGAUCAAACUUUUUGCUCAAGGAGUUUUUGGCAACAUUCUCAAAAACACAAGUAAUGGCCCUGUGCUCAUCUACCCAGUCAACAAAUCAAAGUAAACAACAUUUCAUUAUCAUCAUCAUUCCUCAGAAAUUAAUCUCAGAUAAAAAAUUUUCAAAAGGGUCUUAACUGUUCUGUUCAUAAUUCUUUCCAGGUGGGACAAUAGAACUUCAUUUGUUCUUCCAGAAGAAGAAGAAGAAGGAGAUAUUUUCUACAUGGUGGCAAUCCUUUUCCAUGCAACAACUACUGAUGGCUUAGAAUACUUCUUAAGUUUGAACAAAAGAAUUCUAGAUUUCUGUGAAGGGGCCCGCCUUCGAGUCAAGCAAUAUCUUGGUCUUUAUAACACGCAAGAACAAUGGCAGGACCAUUUUGGUCAACAACGUUGGCAAGUCUUCGUGCAGAGGAAAUUAACAUAUGACCCUUUAGCAAUCCUUGCUCCUGGCCAGAGAAUUUUCCAAAAAGGGUUGUCAGUUUUAUGAAAAAAAAUGCUUGCAAAAUUGCCACAAAAUGGGAAAGAAAGAAGCAUUCUUGAGCAAAAGCCAAGAAAUUUUGAAUCGCAGCAGAUUGCUAGUCGGCCGCGGAUUUCUACCAAAGCAGCUGAAGGAGCUUGAAAAGCAAUAGAUGGUUAGCAGAAAUUAGUGUUGAUUAAUGAUGAAUUGAAGUCCCAUAUUUGUUAAUUAUGCCUUCUCUGAAAAUGUAAGUGUAUAGUGAGGAGGAUGGCUGGAAGUAGUAGUUCAGAUUGUUCAACUAGCUAGCAAAAUUUAAGAUUUAAUGUUAACAUAUGUGUAGAUGGAAAGAUGUUUAUGGAAGUGUUGGAAAAUAUAGGAACUUUGAUUAGUGUUUACUCUUAAAUUUGUGGUUCUUGAUCACUUAAAACAAACACAAUUUAUCAAACUCACUUGAAGAGUGAACAAAUCUAGACCAGCUGAAAUGAUAAUUGCAGGGCCUGCUUUGAGGUUGCAUAUUUACCGGAAAGUUAACCAUAUUGACUAUCCACCACCCAGCUUUCUCUUCCC